AUGACAUCCACAAUCGGCAUCCCCAUCAAGCUUCUCAAUGAGGCUCAGGGCCACAUUGUCACGCUCGAAAUUACCUCAGGCACGACCUACCGGGGCAAGCUCAUUGAAGCCGAGGACAACAUGAACGUGCAGCUCAAGGACAUCACAGUCACAGCGCGCGACGGGCGCGUCAGCCAUCUCGAACAGGUCUACAUUCGCGGCAGCCACGUGCGAUUCUUUAUCGUCCCCGACAUGCUGAGGAACGCGCCCAUGUUCCGAAGUCGCAACGUUCGUGGCAGAGGUGUCGGUCUUGCCAGAGGAAGAGCGACGGUUAGCAGGGCGAGGGCUGGUGGUCGGGGCGGU